AUGUAUAGCAUGUUUGGUGAAGAUUCAGCCGAACAUGGUUUAGAGAUUUACGGAAUUUGUGAUGGGUUAGUUUGUUUGUCGCUGGAGGUACUUAAGGCGGACUCUCCUAUAGUUUUAUGGAAUCCGGUUGUGAGAAAAGGCAAGAAACUUCCUCCAAUUGAAACGGGAAAGCAUCCGUACUUUGAUACUUGUUACUUGUGUUUUGGUUAUGAUGAUGGUGAUUACAAAGUGAUCAGUGUUGUACCUUAUCUGCAGACAUUGUGUCAUGUUCAUGUGUAUAGUUUGAGCACUGAUCAGUGGAAGAAAUCAAGAAUUGGUAAUAACAAUAUUGGUUCUCCUUUUUAUCGUCGAUAUAGAGAUAUGCCGUUUCCAGCCAGGUUAGUAAAUGGUUGUGCAUAUUUUCUAGAAUAUCCGAAAACCUUUGGGAAUGAUCAAGUUGUUGCUGUUAUUGAUUUGAGUCAUGAGAUAAUCCGACAGAUAGAUGUGCCUCAUAUUAAUGAUGAUCAUUUAUUUGUGUUUGUUAAACUGGGAGAACACGAAAAUCGUUCUUAG